AUGAAUCCCCAUUGCCCAAAAUGCCCAAACCUGGUGGAAUCAGUGGAACACGUGCUGUGCGAAUGUCCCCUUGCGGCUGCCGUAUGGAGGUCGCUAGGGAUCAAUUGGCCACCCCAGGGGUCUCAAUGGUCUUUUAAAGAAUGGCUUAGUUGGGUGUUUAAUAAUUACACAUCAAAAAGGCAUGGAGAGAUUCUCACUACAUUGUGGGCAAUCUGGUAUGCCCGAAACAAACAGUACCAUGAAGAAAAUAUCACUACGAGGAGAGAAUUAACCGCCUUUAUCCUUGCUCACUGCAAAGAAUAUUCGUCAGUGAAUGCCCGAAUCCAGACCCAUCCACCUCCAAAACAAACUCGAUGGCUCCCACCAAAUGCUCCAUGGGUGAAGGUAAACUUUGAUGCCAGUUUCUCCCAUACAAACAAAGAAGCUUGGUCAGGUAUAAUCAUAAGAGACAGUGUGGGAGAAAUAUUGGGGGCUGCAAAACGUAAAAUCCGAAGGGCUACCUCUGUUUUUGCAGCGGAGGCAACAGCUGCAGUCCAUGCAAUCCAAUUCAGAAUUGACUUAGGAUGUAUGAGGGCUAUCUUUGAAGGGGACUCUAAAACAAUCAUUCAGAAAUUGCAAUCAGAUGAGGAAGACCUUUCGGAGGUGGGUGCAAUGAUCUGGGAUGGCAAGUUUUUGGCCUCUAAGCUACAUGCAGCGACGUUUCACUUCACCCAAAGAGCCGGUAACGUCGCAGCUCAUAUUUUAGCAAAGGAGAGAAUAGAAGAUAAUGAAGAUAGGUUUUGGAUUGAGGACCCCCCCCCCAACGAGUGA